AUGCAGUAUUUUGCCUCGCAGCUGCGCAAUGAGCAACAGACAACGCACUCGCUGCGUGCAUCCCACUACAGGAAAAAGCACAAGGCCAGGCGCGGCCCACAAGAUCCAGAAGAGCCCCAGUCGUCAUCAUCAUCGACAUCAUCAUCAUCGUCCCUGUCGUCGGCCAGUCCAGAAGCUCAGGUCAGCUCACGCUCGUAUCCCUCCUCUGCAACACCAGAAAUAGUCCAAUUGCGUCUCGCAGGCCUGCUGCCCGAAGAAGACGACCAAGUCCCUGCAGCACCGUUUCCUCAUGCACCUGCUAAAACAGCUCGCACCCACUAUGGCUACGCUAACGCUCACCAAGACAUGGCCACACUGUCAUCACCUCUAUAUGCUGUCCAGGAUGAGUCAGAGACCCGCUCUCACCAUGGCCAGAGAGCGACGACUGCGUUGAAGAAGAGGCAUCUAGACGUCCUGUCUACCCUCAUGCACACACGCCUGCUCCAAGGUGACUACGAACGUGCUGGGAGAGCAUGGGGCCUCAUCUUGCGCACCCAAGUGGCUGGCACCCGCACCGUCGAUCCACGCAAUCAUGAUCGCUGGGGAAUCGGUGCCGAAAUAUUGCUCCACCGUAACCCUCAACCUGCUACCAUGCAAGGUCAUCAGGUUCUAGAGGCAUCCCAACCACCUGGAGACGACAUCUUCUCAGUGCAAGGCUUCGAGCUGGCCAGAGAGUAUUACCAGCGUCUGAUUGUGCAGUACCCGCAUCGUCGGUUCGCGCCCACGGCUACUGACGAACGCACCUUUUAUCCUGCCAUGUUCUCUCUCUGGAUCUUCGAGGUUUGCGAGAAGAGCAAACGUGCCCGGGCAAGGUUCCGGAAUCAUGACGCAGAACGGCCAGGCCUGUCACGAAACCCAUCUGUGGACAGUCUUCCUCGUCCUGACACGGGAGAGAUGGACGCCAGGGAAGAGGCAGUAAGAGUAGAAGAGCUUGCUCGAGCCAUGGAAAUUGCUGAGCGACUGGAUCGCCUCGUCGUUUCCCCUCCUUUUGACAAGCAAAUCAGCCUGCUACAACUUCGUGCACAUGUCAGUCUCUGGAUGAGUGACCUGAUCAUUGGCCAUGUAUCCCAUGACAAGGACUGGAACAUGGACUCUACGUCGGAAAAUAGUAGUGACCCGCCGCACCUAUCGAGGGAACAGCUUACUCGACUCAGCAAUGGCCAGCGGGAACUCCAUCAAGCCCGAGCGUUUUUGAGCCGUGCUGAGACACUCGGUGCUCAUCCACAGUCCGCAACAAUGUCGAGCGUAGACGUCAGGCUCAAAGAAAUCGCUCGAUGGUUAAGCGAGCCACAUGACCGAGAGGACGAGUCGAGCUCGUUGCUCACUAAUGACCAGGAUAUGUCUGAAUUUCCAUAG